AUGAGACUGAUUAUUGACCCAUCUGUGGCUAUAACUGCAUUGGUUGUGGCCAUUCUGGUGGUUCCAAUGGGUUGCCAAAGGCCUAAAGUGGUGAACCUCGGAGCUGUUUUCGCUUUUGACUCCAUUAUCGGAAGAGCUGCUAAAGUAGCUCUUGAGGCAGCUGUCUAUGAUGUUAACGCUGACACAAGCCUUCUCAAAGAAACUGAGCUACGGCUGUUUAUGGAGGACUCUUCCUGCAAUGUCUUUCAUGGGUCCUUUGGAGCUUUUAAAGUGCUUGAGAAAGACGUGGUGGCUAUGAUUGGUCCACUUUCAUCAUCCAUCGCUCAUACAUUAUCAGAUAUUGCCAAAGGGCUCAAGUUUCCUCUCGUCUCAUUUGCAGCAACUGAUCCAACUCUCUCUGCCCUCCAGUUUCCCUUCUUUCUUCGGACUACACCUAAUGAUGCCCACCAAAUGUCCGCCCUUGUGGAUCUUAUCAAUUUUCAUGGAUGGAAAGAGGUGAUAUCAGUAUACUCAGAUGAUGAGCUAGGAAGAAGCGGAGUUUUUGCUCUAGAUGAUGAAUUGUACAAGAAAAGAUCAAGAAUCUCCCAUAAAGUGCCGCUCUCAGUGCAUUCUGAUGAAGGCACGGUUACUGAUGCUUUGAGAAAAUCCAAGUCCCUCGGUCCUCGAGUCUAUGUUCUUCAUUUUGGUCCUGACCCAUUGCUCAGAAUCUUCAGGAUAGCGAAAAAACUGCAGAUGAUGACACAUGAAUAUGUUUGGCUCGCCACAGACUGGCUCUCAGUUACCUUAGAUUCUUCUUUGAGUGACAAAGGUAGUUUAAAACGUCUUGAAGGAGUAGUGGGGCUUCGUCAAUACAUCCCAGAAUCUGUAAAACUGCACCAGUUCACACAUAAACUAAAAAGCAACAUAACAAUGAAUGCCUAUGCGUUACGUGCGUAUGAUACAGUGUGGAUGAUUGCAUACGGCAUCGAGAAAAUGCUGAAUGAAGGAAUCAACAUAACAUUCUCUUACUCCGAGGAGUUAAUUCAUGCACAAGGAAGUAAAUUGCACCUGGAGAGAGUAAAAAUGUUCAACAAUGGGAAGGUACUACUUGAGAAACUUCUGCAGGUGAACUUCACUGGUAUAGCUGGCCAAGUUCAGUUUGGUUCUGGUCGAAAUGUCAUCGGCUGUGACUACGAGAUCAUCAAUGUAGACAAAACUGGUGUAAACACUGUGGGUUUCUGGUCUAAAAAUAGAGGAUUUUCAGUUGUACCUCCUGAGUCCCGACACACAAAAAAUAAGACUGGCUUAGUUUCUGAUGAAAAGCUUGGUAACAUAACCUGGCCUGGUGGUGGCCAUGAAAAGCCGCGUGGUUGGGUCAUUGCAGACUCUGCAAGUCCAUUGAAGAUUGUUGUCCCGAAAAGAGUGAGCUUUGUCGAGUUUGUGUCCGAAGAAAAUAACAGUAGCCAUCAGAUUAAAGGACUUUGCAUCGACAUUUUCAAGGAAGCGCUCAAGUUCGUCCCUUACAGUGUUCCUUACAUAUUUGAGUCAUUUGGAGAUGGCCACUCAAGUCCUAAUUACAACCACAUAAUUCAAAUGGUCGCGGAUGGAGUAUAUGAUGGAGCUGUUGGGGAUAUUGCAAUAGUCCCCACCAGGUCCAAAUUAGUAGAUUUCUCGCAGCCAUAUGCUUCCACAGGCCUUGUUGUGGUGAUUCCGAAUAACGACGACAAUCCAACUUGGAUCUUUCUGAGACCCUUCACCAUUGGGUUAUGGUGUGUCGUAUUAGCUUCGUUCCUGAUCAUUGCCGUAGUCAUCUGGAUCCUUGAACAUCGCAUCAAUGAAGAUUUCAGAGGGCCACCCCGUAAACAACUCAUCACAAUGAUCUUGUUCAGCUUCUCAACUCUUUUCAAGAGAAAUCAGGAAGAUACGAUAAGCAAUCUAGCUAGACUAGUGAUGAUUGUAUGGCUCUUCUUAUUGAUGGUCCUAACCGCGAGCUAUACAGCGAAUCUCACCUCAAUCCUCACAGUCCUACAACUUCCUUCUGCCAUAACCGGCAUUGACAGCUUGCGGGCAAGUGAGGUGCCUAUUGGUUUCCAGGUUGGGACGUUCACUUUAGAGUACUUAACCUACAGUCUUGGCAUGGCUCGGUCUAGGCUGGUCCCACUUGACUCAACUGAGGAGUAUGAAAGGGCUCUAAAGCUAGGACCAACCGCUUUCGGAGGCGUAGCUGCCAUUGUUGACGAGCUCCCUUACGUUGAGCUGUUUCUUGCGGAACGGACGGGUUUCAAGAUUGUCGGAGAGCCCUUUAUGCACCGUGGUUGGGGAUUUGCGUUUAAGAGAGAUUCUCCACUGGCUGUAGACAUGUCAACAGCGAUCUUGAAACUCUCCGAGACGAGAAAACUGCAAGAGAUUCGGAUGAAAUGGUUGUGCAAGACGACUUGCGCAGAGAUAUCAGAUGGGAACCCAGAGCCAAACCAGCUUCAUGUCAAGAGCUUCAAAGGGUUGUACCUUGUCUGCAUUGCAAUCUCGGUCUCUGCGGUUUUGGUGUUUGCUUUCAGGAUGAUACGCCAGUUUGUGCGGUACAGACGGAUGGAGCGGACAGGCUCGAUGCCGCUCGCUUCUUGGUCGUCUUCUCCUACUAUGCGUUUAAAGGAAUUGGUGUUUGGUUUCGUGGAGUUUGUGGAUGAGAAAGAAGAAGCUAUCAAGAGAAUGUUCAGAAGGAGUAAUGACACUGACAACCCAUCUCAUGUUGUGGAAGUUCAAGCUGAUCCUGAGUUCUUCUUGGUUCAAGAAUCCGAAAAGAUGGGACUUUUCGUGAUGAUUAGUGGUGUUUCUAUGAGGCUUAUGCUCCUCUGUGUUUCUGGCUUUUGGGUUUUGCCGGCGGAAGGUGCUGGUAGAGAAAGUUUCUCAAGAAACUCUUCUUCUCCUCGGCCCAGCUCUGUCAACGUCGGAGCUCUGUUUACUUAUGAUUCUUUCAUUGGAAGAGCAGCUAAACCCGCGUUUAUGGCGGCCAUUGAAGACGUUAAUGCUGAUCAGAAUAUUCUCAGGGGAACCAAGCUCAAUAUUGUCUUCCAUGACUCAAAUUGCAGUGGAUUUGUUGGCACUAUGGGAGCUUUGCAGGUAAUGGAGAACAAGGUGGUUGCAGCCAUUGGUCCACAAUCUUCAGGAAUUGGUCACUUAAUCUCCCAUGUAGCUAAUGAGCUUCAUGUACCUCUCUUGUCAUUUGCAGCAACUGACCCGACGCUUUCUUCGCUACAGUACCCUUAUUUCCUUCGAACCACACAGAACGACUACUUCCAGAUGAAUGCAAUCGCGGAUUUUGUAUCCUAUUGCCGGUGGAGAGAAGUUGUUGCCAUCUUUGUUGAUGAUGAGUAUGGUAGAAACGGGAUCUCUGUAUUAGGCGAUGCUUUAGCUAAGAAACGUGCCAAGAUCUCUUACAAGGCUGCUUUUAGACCUGGUGCAAAUAACAGCUCACUCCAUGACUUAUUAGUUUCUGCUAAUCUGAUGGAAUCUCGCAUCUUUGUUGUUCAUGUGAAUCCUGAUUCAGGUUUAAACGUCUUCUCUGUCGCCAAGUCUCUUGGAAUGAUGGGAAGUGGCUAUGUCUGGAUCGCCACUGAUUGGCUUCAUACAGCUCUGGAUUCCAUGGAACGGUUGGAUCCCAAAACUAUGGAUCUCUUGCAAGGAGUGGUUGCUUUUCGCCAUUAUACGCCUGAAAGUAAUGAGAAAAUACGGUUUAAAGCAAGAUGGAAACACCUUAGAUCCAAGGAGAGUUCAGGAGGUGAUGAUGGCUUCAACUCUUAUGCAAUGUAUGCUUAUGAUACUGUUUGGUUGGUAGCUCGUGCUCUGGAUGUUUUCUUGGGCCAAGGCAAUACAGUGACUUUCUCCAGUGAUCCGAAUCUGAGGAAAACCAACGGUAGCAAUAUUAAGUUAACAGCACUUAGCGUCUUCAAUGAAGGGGAAAGGUUCCUGCAGGUCAUUCAUGAGAUGAGUUAUACAGGUCUGACCGGAAAAAUCGAGUUUGAUCCAGAGAAAAACCGGAUUAAUCCAGCAUACGACAUUGUAAACAUAAACAGUAGAGGUCUACACAGAGUUGGCUACUGGUCGAAUCAUACAGGUUUCUCAGUAGAGCCUCCUGAGACAUUAUACUCUAAGCCUCCAAACACAUCUGCAGAACAUCAACGCCUUAAUGAGAUCAUAUGGCCAGGAGGAGUAACAAAGCCACCUCGGGGUUGGGUAUUCCCUGACAAUGGAGAACCGCUCAAAAUCGGGGUGCCUAACCGUGUGAGUUACAAAAACUAUGCGUCUAAGGACAAUAACCUGCUUGGUGUUAAAGGAUUUUGCAUUGACAUCUUUGAAGCUGCGGUUCAGUUGCUUCCAUACAGUGUCCCACGUACUUAUAUACUAUAUGGAGAUGGGAAGAGGAAUCCUUCGUAUGAUAAUCUUGUAAAUGAAGUUGCUGCAAAUAAUUUUGAUGUAGCGGUUGGGGAUAUUACAAUUGUUACAAACAGAACCAAGUUUGUAGAUUUUACGCAGCCAUUUAUGGAAUCAGGGCUUGUAGUGGUAGCUCCAGUGAAGGGAACCAAGUCUAGUCCAUGGUCGUUCUUGAAGCCAUUCACUGUAGAGAUGUGGGCUGUGACCGGACUGUUUUUUCUCUUUGUGGGAGCAAUCAUUUGGAUUCUUGAACACCGCUUUAACGAAGAGUUUCGUGGACCUCCUAGGCGUCAAAUCAUCACCGUUUUCUGGUUUAGCUUCUCAACAAUGUUCUUCUCUCAAAGGGAGAACACGGUGAGCACUUUGGGGAGGUUUGUGCUACUCAUAUGGAUGUUUGUGGUUCUGAUCAUCAACUCAAGCUACACGGCCAGUCUCACUUCGAUCCUCACCGUUCAACAGCUAACAUCCCGGAUAGAAGGAAUGGAUAGUCUAAUAACAAGCAACGAACCCAUUGGAGUCCAAGACGGUACCUUUGCAUACAAGUAUCUGGUCAAUGAACUUAACAUAGCUCCAUCAAGAAUCAUUCCACUUAAAAACGAAGAAGAAUACCUCUCUGCUCUUCAACGUGGUCCCAGAGGCGGUGGUGUGGCAGCCAUAGUCGACGAGCUUCCUUACAUCAAAGCUCUAUUGUCAAACAGCAACUGCGAGUUCCGUACUGUUGGACAGGAAUUCACCAGGACAGGCUGGGGAUUUGCUUUCCAGAGAGAUUCUCCUCUAGCUGUGGACAUGUCAACGGCGAUCUUGCAGCUGUCUGAAGAAGGAAAACUGGAGAAGAUCCGGAAGAAAUGGCUUACAUACAGCCACGAAUGCUCAAUGCAGAUUGCAGACACAGAGAACUAUCAAAUCUCUAUACAGAGUUUCUGGGGAGUGUUCUUAAUAUGUGGUAUAGUUUGGUUCAUUGCGCUCACUCUCUUCUGCUGGAAAGUUUUCUGGCAAUGCCAACAGUUAAGAUCAGAGGAAGAGAGUGAUGAAGUAAGGGUGAGCGAAGAUGCAAGUUCUUCUAGAUCAAGGAGAAGUUUGAGGGCAGGAAGUUUCAAGGACUUGAUCACAGUUGUGGAUAAGAGAGAAGUAGAGGUCAAGGAGAUGAUUAAGCAGAAGAGCAGUAAGAAACUCAAAGCUAGCCAAAGCUCAGCUGAAAGUCCAUGAGUUAUAGAUAGAUGGAAAGAGAUACAAAUUGUUUAAAUGACUACAGAUUUAACAUUACUUACAAAGGUAAAUAGAUUUAUCAUAAGAUUUUGUAUUGGACCUUAAACUAGAAAGAUUAAAUGGUGCAGAAAACAUUGAUUCGAACGAAAAUGAUUUUCACGAAGAG